AUGUUACUCAAAGUGAUCAUUGUCAGUUUCAUCAGUUCGUUGCGUACGACCGUGUUGUGCAUUGAGCAGAACGUUAAAGAACUGAAACCCUACACGUUCCCCAUACCUUUAGAAUUGCCAUUUCGGAGUGAGCGUGCCAGCCAAUGCUUUCUCAGAAUCGAAGAUGUCGAGAUAAUUGAAACUGUCGCAGUAUAUUGUACAGUUGCUCAAGCGUUCCUGGGCAACUAUAUCCACGACUACAAUUCAAGAAAGAUUACAGAGGAUGGUGUAGAUGUAAGUCUGUGGAUUGAGAAACCAAUAAAUGUCGAUGAGAUCAUCACUCCACCAGAGAGCAAUCCAGAUGCAAUAAAAGAUUGGAAGGUGACGACUGUCAUGGAUCCUAUAACACAGAGGCGUUUGUACGUUACCAGAAAUGCAGACUGCAGACUAAUAAUGUACAGCAGAGAAGGAACAACAAAUUAUAAAAUAAACUGUGAACAAAUCCUUUACUUUAUCAAUGUGCGGAUGAAUGGGAGUGCUGUGUUUUCCUUUGGACAAAAUCUUAAGUUAAUACUGGUGAAUCUUUGUCUCGUAUACUUUAUUUACAAUAGAUAA